AGGAAGAGGAAGAGGGGGACGGAGGAAGAUGGAGAGCAGAAAAGGAGCUCCUCUGGUUCUCUCAUUCCUGCAAAGUGCCUCCGGAAAGGUCAGGGUCCCAGCAAUGCUCUCCAAGAGAGGGAAUUAGGCUCUACGGCACAGCUGUACAGCUGAAGCACAUGGAUAUCCAGACUGGGACUCUGCAUGGCUUCAUAGAAACUGACACAUUCAAACAAGCCAGAAAUACAAUACUGACUGGCCCUGAAGCCUAAAUGGCCUACCUAUAGCCCUACAGUGUAGUGCUGCUUGUGUUAUGGCUGAGAGUCUGCUGAAAUGGCUUCAGCUUCUGGUAUUACACGCUCCAGGAGGAGAAUGCCAAGGCCAUGAAGGAAAGGGGCUAAGUGAACAUGGUCCCCAGGCCCCCAUACUCAGCCAUGGCCAUGAGCAGCGAGGAGCACGCUGCUCGCUUCGGAAGCUGGAACCAACAGGGGAUGGCCAUCUGAGCCACGCCCAAAGCAGUGAACAGUUCCUAUCCGCCUGUUCCUCUUUGUGGUCGUAUUACAGCUGCCAAUUCUCAGAAAAGCCCCAGAAGGCUGGUGUGAAGAGGAAGAUGGGGUGUAAAGAGCAGGUAGUGGUGCAGGGAAAGAACCUGGGUCCCUACAGCGGGACCAGACCUGCAAAUUGGCCACGGAAAGAUCAAGAUGAAGAUCACCUGCUGAUACAGCCUGCUCCUCCCUGUGGGCGUAUUCCAGCUGUCAAUCCACAGAGCCUGGAACCCAGCUGCCCACUGUCCACCCAACCAGCUGACCCAGCUGACCUCCAUCCCAUGCUGGACUACUCAGGGCAUGGGGCCCUAGUAUUUUCACUGGAUGGGCCAGAGGAUGCACUACUCUGCCUCGGUGAAGACCACCUCCAGGACCAUGAACCCAAUGUCCUCGUGGGGUGGAUAAUAUAAGGUUGAGGCAGACUGUGACGUAUCCACGUGUCAGUGCCAAACAGAAACUAAGCAGCUCAUGUCUCUUCAUUGCUGUUUAAUUUUCGGUUUGGCACUGACGCAUGGAAGCGUCACAGUCUGCUUUAACCCCAUAUUAUCCUCCACCUUCCCAGCCUGCCUUAACCACACCCCCUUCCCAGCCAUCACUGAACCCUGUUUUAGCCCCGCCCCCCAUCAGACGCAACUGAUGCAGCAAGUGCCAAGGUGCAUGGUGUGCCCCACUGCAGUCUGCAACCACAUACGCAGGUCACCAUGCUGCAGGAAAGCUCGUGGACUGCAUGUUUUCCCAUCAAGCCAGGGAGGCUAUGCAGGAAACUGGCCAGUGGAGGAAAGCCACAGUGCAGCCGAGUCCAGAGAGUUCCAUUAGUGCUUAUGACCAGCAUGGCAGAGGGUGUCAUGUGCAGAUGCCUGUCCACCCCUUCGAGGUCCGCCAGGAUUCAUUUCACACCUGUGGGUCAGGGAACUGUGGGUUGUAGGUAAUUCAAGGUGUUACCAAAAACAGGUAAAAUGACCGUUAUCCCAGGAAGAAGCAGAUCAAAGGUUUGUAUUAAAAACAGGAAGAUUUAUUACGCAGCCGGCUACGGGAACAACUCAGAGAGAAAGUUCCAAAUAGUAUUGGUGGGUGAUUAGAUUUAUGCAAUUUCCAGUAGAUUGGUAUUUGCAUAUAGUGGAAUUCUAUUGUUGAAAGGGAGCACUGCCUCUGAUUGGUGAUAAGAGGCUGUGCUUCCUUCCGAUUGGACCAUUCAAAUUCAAACCCAUCCUACCUAUUCAAACAGGUUCCAUUCACAUUGAAAUUGAAAUACAACAGGGGGCUCGCCCCCUUCC